AUGAGUCGAGGAAUUAUUCUGAAUUUCGAAUAUAUUGGUGCUCAUAUCAAAGAUUAUAUUAAUGACAAUAAAUUCUUUGAUACAUUCGAGAUAGAAGAUAUCGAAACGAUCAUGAAAUACGCAAAUUUAACUCCAAGUGACUUUGACACUCUACUUAAGCAGUCAUCCCUUAUUAUCGAAGCACAUGAAAUUUAUUCUUGUAUUCGAUAUGCAAGCGUUUCAAUCGGGAACUUGGAAGAUGCAAUUUCAACCCUAAAAUCUAUCCGAAAAUACAUGCAAAUGAAACCAUUAGAUGGUAUUAUUGACAUGUUAAAUCAAACAGGAAGAAUUGUGUCAGAUUUAACAGAUAAAAUCGAAAAACUUCAAACAAAUUUCAAUCAAGUUCAACAAGAAAAAGAAAACAUCGCGAAAGAAGUACAAACUCUUAAAUCUUCAAUCAAAGGAAACGAUUUACCAAAAGAAUUUCUUUCGAAAAUUUCCGAACUUAAAAAUUCCACACAUUUCAAUCAAAUCUACAAAUUCUUUGCUGAAAUUUCAGAAAAAGGCAAUCAAAAAAUGAUGCUCAAAGCAAUUGAAGAAGGACUUUAUGAAAAGAAAGCUGAAUUUGGCGAAAAAGUACUUCAUUAUGCAUCUUCAUAUGGAAAUCUGAGACUUGUUAAAUGUCUCAUUGAAUGUGGCUGUGACAAAGAUGCAAAGAAUAAUAAUGGAUGGACUCCACUAUAUAAUGCAUCAUUUAAAGGUGAACUUGCAGUUGUUCAAUAUCUUAUCUCAGUUGGAGCUAAUAAAGAAGCAAAGAGUAAUAUUGGAUUUACUCCACUCAUUGAGGCAGCACAAGAAGGUAAACUUGCAGUUGUUCAAUAUCUUAUCUCAGUUGGAGCUAAUAAAGAAGCAAAGAGUAAUGAUGGAUCUACUCCACUCAUUAGGGCAUCAGAAAAUGGUAAACUUGAAGUUAUUCAAUAUCUUAUCUCAGUUGGAGCUAAUAAAGAAGCAAAGGAUAAUGAUGGAAAAACAGCACUUUCAUACGCAAAAGGUGAAGUUAGAGAAUAUUUAUUAUCUAUUAAAUGA